AUGGAUUUUACGGACUCGAUUGUACCAUUCCAUUUUGUGCAAACCAAUUUAUUUAACAGUUCAAGUUCUUCCUUCUCGUGUCCACAAGAUGGAUCCAAUCCUCAACAACAAACUCAAACAAAGAGUGAAAUCAUUCCAACAUUGCAAGAUCUUGGCGCGAAAUGGAUUAAUUUUACAAAAGAUGAAAAUGUGAAAGCUCAAUUUCCAUCGACUUUUUCGCAAUACUUGAUUGAAAAGGGUUUGAAUGCAAGCGAGAAGGUGACUUUAUUGUCUUCGAUUUAUCAACCCAUUGCAACAAAGGAAAGUCGCUCAGAGAUUGAGGCACCACUAGUGAGUUCUGUUUUGACAAUUUCCUUAUAUGACAAGUCGGGUUCUAAAAUUGCCAUUUCAGAAUUGAAAGACCCUAUUGAAUUGACUUUUUCUAAUAUUGUCAUUGAAAGUACCAGUUAUCAGGAUAUCAAUUAUUCUUGCAUGUAUUUUGAUGAGAACAAGAAAGAAUGGUCUUUGGAUGGACUCAUGUCAGAAGUCUCCAAUUUGGAAAUUACCACCAAGACUGUAAAAUUUAACAUGAAUUGCAAGACAUACCAUUUGACUUCGUUUGGAGUGAUCGACCAGAAUUUUAAGAGAGCGACAAACCCCACCCAAUCUUCGAAUGGAUCUAUCGAUAAUAGUGCGACCAUUUUGGCCAUUGUUUUAUCGACCGUAGGAUCCAUUUUGGCCUUUGAUUGUUGUGGUGGUCAUUGCAUUGUAUGUGCGUACUAUGAAGAAGAGGCAAGCAGAAAAACUUUAGGGAUUUUGUGUUGGUUGUCAGGUUUGUCGAUCCUUUACGUACACGGUCGUGGUUUAAGACAUAUUGUUCUGAUUGAAAAAUAUUCUCACCUUAAUGUAAAUGUUUCCAAAAUGAUGCUUGAUAUGUUUCUUCUUAAUUUUUAUGAGAAGUACUCAAAGACAACUUUUUCAAUUUCAAUGACCUCAAUCUCUUGA